AUGGCCCCUCAGAUAUACAUCAUCAUCUUCGCUCAGGCAUACGAGGAAUUCCGAUUACCCGAAUUGGAGUCGAUCGAUGUCUUGUUCAACCUCGGGAUCGAUUAUUUGGGGCUGGAACUUGACAUUUAUCGUCCUUACAUGAAGAUCGGCUUGGAGAAUGAUGAGAAGGCACGGCUGUUGGGCUCGAGGGCCGUCUUGAUCAAACACAUCUUACGACAUUGGGCAGACGCACCUUCGUAUCCCGAAUUACAUCGAUUGAACAAAGAGAAUGAGGCGCUUUGGGCCGACUAUGCCGCAAGCCACACGUUCAAGGUGACGGUGAACAGCUACAAGACGACGGUGACGCAGGGGCGGAAGAAAGAGCUGAUCGAGUCGCUCUCGUACAUGGAUUUCCGGGGGACAAUUAAUCUGCAAGACCCGCAGGUGGAAAUCAUGUUAAGUGAGGAACAUUAUAGCGCCGAUGGCCCGGACGAUAACGCGCCCGCAAUCGGCAUCGAUCAGGUCCUUCGAAUGACUAAUAUCCGGCUCAGAUGGAUUUGGUUGGGCCUCAAAAUCUGCGAUGGUCAGCGUCACUUGGUCGAUAAAUUCGACCUCAAAAAACGCAUAUAUAUUGGAAACACUUCCAUGGAGGCAGGCCUAUCCUUACUGAUGGCCAAUCAAGGAUUAGUCGGACCAGGAAGUGUAGUCAAUGAUCCGUUUACAGGGACGGGUUCGAUGUUGUAUGCCUCAGCCUGGUACGGGGCGUACGUUUUUGGGAGCGAUAUCGACGGUCGUCCGAUGCGAGGCAAAGAACACUCGAUACAUGACAGUGCCAGACAGUAUGGGGUUUCUCAAAACUUGCUGGAUUGUGCAGUGUUCGAUAUGACGCAAAACCCUUGGCGAACAGGCGAAAUUUUUGAUGCAAUCAUAUGCGAUCCUCCCUAUGGAGUCCGAGCAGGGGCGAAACGUCUGGGACGAAAAGACCAAUCGAAGAUACGGACCGAGCCAUACAAGUUACCUGAUGGGACCUGGUCUCAUGAGAAACCCGACUAUGUUCCGCCAUCAAAACCUUGGGAAAUGAGCGAGGUGUUGGAGGGCCUCUUGGAAUUCGCAUUGCGGAUGUUGAAGCCGAAUGGAAGACUAGUUUAUUGGUUGCCUACCGCUAGUCAAGAUUACAGUCAUGCUGACGUUCCUCAAAGGAAUGGCCUAAGAUUGGUUGCUAAUUCGUGUCAAGAUUUCGGGAAAUGGCAACGAAGACUGAUCACCAUGCAGAAAGAUCCGACGACGUCGUCGGAUGAUGGAGCUCCUCAGUGCUCGAACUCAUCCCAGCACAAUCAGGCGGAAGAAUCUCUGCCCGGUCAUAGACAUUUCCGGGAUAAAUACAUGAAAGGGUUUUCUUAG